AUGUCAAAAGGAGGAGGACUGUGGAGCCGGAGCACCGAGCCCAAACUCUGCCAGGAACUCCUCCUCUAUGUCGCUGCGACGCACACUCACACAUUCAUCGGGCCGUUCAAUCUGCGGCUCAGCCAGCGAGGUGCGAGUGGAAAACUGUCACGAGAUAUCAACAUUUCAGAUGCUGCAGCAAACAUAUAAUUUAUGGAUUUCUAUCGUUUAAAGCCACAUUUGGCCGAGACGCCGACUCCAAACGACGGCAGAAGCGACUAAAGCAACAAUUUAAAGUUCUCCACUCAGACAUCAAGGCGGAGAAAGUCAUCCGACCGCACCGAGAAACUCUGAGCGGUCCCUGA